AUGGGUCAUAAUAUAUUUGACGCAAAAAAAAAACAGACUAAUCGAAAGAGAAAUGUUAUAAAAAUCAAAAAUAAUAAAGGGAGAAUAUAUGAACGAAAAGACCAAACUGAAAGAUAUAGAGAUAUUUUGAGUUAUUAUAAAAAUGAAAAAAAAACAAACAAAUUUAUUGAUAAAAGAAAAAAUAAAAAACAUGAAAAAAAAAAUAUGUUUAAUUUAAAUGAUGACUCAUAUAUUAAGGAUAAACAUAUAAGUAUAAAUGAUGUUGGAGAUACUGAUGACGAUUUAUAUAUGGACAAUUCUAAUUCAAAAUCCAAUUUAAAAGGAAAAAGAAAAUUUAAUAGUUCUAUGAGUAAUGCAAUUCAGGAAAAAAUAGAGACACGCAAAUUAAUGCAAAUCAAAACAUAUGAAAUAAAAGAAAAACUGAAAGAAUUUGAUGAACAUUUUGAUUAUAUAAAACAAAAUGUGUUGUCAUUAAAUCAUAAAGACGGCCCUUUAAUAACUGAUGGAGUUGUCGAAAAAAAAAAAAAAAUAAAUAAUAGUGAAGUGAAAUUUAAAAAAAAUACAGAAAAUUCUAAUAAAAUAAAAUUAGGUUCUCGUGAUGAUAGUAAAAAUGGCAAUGCUGACGAGAGGGGAAAUGCCAAUCUGAGAAAUAAAAAGCGUGAUAUUCCAAAUGGUGAAGAUGAUUCAGAUGCUGGUUCAGGUGACGAUUCAGGUGACGAUUCAGGUGACGAUUCAGGUGACGAUUCGGGUGACGAUUCAGGUGACGAUUCAGGUGCUGUUUCAGAUUCUGAUUUUAUGGAUGGAAGUGAAGAUAGCGAUGGUAGCAGCGAAUUGGAAGAGGGGGGAAGAGAAGAUUUCAAAAAGAAGAAAAAAUGCGAAUACUUUGAAAAACUACGACGUGAUAACAAUUCUAAAAUAUGGUGGAAUUCAGACAAAAGUGAUAAUGAACUAAUUGAAGAAAUAUUUAUGGAAUUUGAUAAUUCAAAUAAGUUAAAUAAUGAGGAAACAAUAGUAACUGAAGAAAAAAAUAAAGUAAAUAGUAUUUUAGAAAAUUUUAUGAUAAAUGGAAAUAAUGAAUUGUAUAAUUAUUUUAUAAAUAAUACUGAAGAAGAAGAAAAAAAGUUACCAUUAUUUAUUUCAAUAGAAAAUAAAAAAUACGAAUUAAAGGAUAUUAUAUCAUUGCUUGAGCCAUAUGAUUUUAGUAUACAAAAAAAAUUAUUAUAUAGGAUAUAUUUCAUUAACAUAUAUAAAAAUAGUAAUAAAUAUAAUUGGAAAAAUGAAGGGAAAAAAAAUAUGAAUAUAUUUCAUGUUUCUUUUUUUUUCUCUUUAAUGGAUUAUUGUAUACUAAAUAUAUGGAAAUGUUUAAAUUUUAAUUUAAAGUUACAUAAUUUUAUAAAAAAUUAUAAAGAAGUAAUUUUAGAUUUUUCUCAUUAUAUGAAAACAGAAUUGUAUUUGUAUAUGUCUUUUUUAUUAUUAAUUUUAUUUUGUAAAAUUCAGAGAAAAAUAAAAACAACUAAAUUUUAUAAAAAAAAAUUAUAUGUGUUACAAGAAUAUGUAGAACUAAACAAAGAUAAUAAGGAGAAAGAAUAUGAUGUUUAUGUUUACUCAAGAAUAUUAAAAAGUGUUGAAUUAUUUAAUUCAAUAUUUGAUAAACAUGAAAAAUAUACUGGAAUAUAUGAUAUUCAUUUUUCUGUAAUUAUACUUGCUCUCAUAAUUUAUCCUAUAAUUCGAAAUGAAACAGCAGAUAGUUCAGUCCAAAGGAUAAGCCAAAAUAAUUAUGAUUUGAAAAAUGAAGAUACUCAAAACGAAAACAAAGAAAAUACGAUUUCUCAAAUUAAUAUAAAUUAUAUAGAGGAUGAAAGUAUUUUGAAAAAAUUAUAUUACAUAAAUAAGGAUAACAUAUUAGAACCAAAUAAUGAAACUAUUCCUAUUAUUUCAUAUGUAAUAGAAUUAGUUGAAUUUAUAUUUUAUAAUUAUUUAUAUGAAAAAAAUAAUAAUAUAAACCAUGAUAAGACAUCAAAUAAUUAUGAUUAUAUACUUAGUGAUAUUACUUAUAUUAAUAAUACUAAAAUUGAAGAAUGCAUAAAAAAAUUGGGAAAAAUAUUUUCCUACCAACCAUUUUAUUUUAUAGAAAAAGAGGAAAAAAUUGAAUAUGAUAACAAAAAGGAUGAAGAAAAAAAAAAAAAAAGUGGGGGUAUAAUAAAUAACCUUGGUAUAUAUGAUAAAAAAAAAAAAUUGAAAAAUGCAAUCGUUUUAUUAAAUAUUUAUAAUAUAAUAAUAGAAAAUAGUAGAAAGCAUAGUCAUACAUAUUUAUAUUUGUGUUUUCGAAUUUUGAAUACUCUUUUGUUUAAUAUCGUGUCAGAGAAACCAUAUGAAAAAUGUGACGAAAAAAAUGAGACUGUAAAUGGGGAUGAACAUAUGAAUUUGUAUUAUAACUUAUCAUUUAACACAUUUAAUAGUUUGAUUUAUUUUUUAAAAAAAAAUAUAGAAAAUGAUAUUAAUAUAUACAUAUUAAUUGAGCAUAUUGUUACCCCCAAUUUAUUUUAUUUAUAUAUUAAUUAUUUAAGUUUUAUAUUUACUAGUACAAAAAUUAAUUAUUUCGAUAUUUUGGAAGAAUUAAAAAGUGUGCAAUUUAAUAAGAAAUGUGUACCUGAAAAUAUUAUACCAAAUAAUUUAUUAAAUAAAUGUAAUAAAAAUUCAGAGAAAUAUUUUGUCUAUUUAUUAUAUAUAUAUAAAUUAAUUGAAUAUUCCAAAACAUUUGAUAUUAAACCAAUUAUAUAUAAUAAUACUCAUAAAAAUGGCAUAUCCCAAUUUACACCUAAAUAUGCUAACAAUAAAAAUCCAAAGGACUUUCUUUUUAUGCAAAAUUAUCAAACUAAGUUUGCAGAAAUGAAAUCAAUGAGAAAAAAAAUGAGACAACAACGAAAGCUUGAUUACAAUGAGUUGCGAAAAGAGAACAGUUAUAUCAUUGGAUUGAAGGCCAGAGAAGAGCAAGAACGAAUUAGAAGAAAUCAAGAAAAAUACAAAAAAAUAAAACAAAUGGCUGUUAAUGAUGUUGAAGAGUAUAACAGAAUGAAGACUUAUACUCACUGA